AAAUUUCGCCUUGUAUUUCAAGAUUUAAUUGAAUUUCUUGUGAAGGAACCAGGGGCUCAAGAAGCUUUUUGGGGACUUUUUUCUAAGGGUUUGGUCGGAAAAAAGUGUGAUGGCCUUUUUUAGGCGUUAAAACUGAGAACAUUCCAGUUUAGAUUGUCGCAUUUGAAUCGAGUGAAACGCACACGGAAACAUUGUAAAACGGCAUUUUUACGGCCCCUAGAUAAAAGCCAGCAGGCCGAGUUCUCGGUAGAAUCGUAAACGUAAAAUGGGCGGUUGCUCAUUGUGGAAUUUGGUUCCGAUUUCUUAGGCUCAUGGAGCGCAGCCAAGGGAAAAAUGUACGACAAGAAACGUUUAAUGUUUUCGGGCAGUUCGGGGGCACAAAUUGGGCGCAAAGUAGGGACCGCGACUGUUCAGCGCCCAAACGCAAUGUCCGAAAAUCCAGAAAAAUGCACGCGGAUUCAAAAGUUCGAAACGCAAGAGUGGCAUGCUCGAGAGCACGCCAUUCAGUUGUUAUUCAAUCGUCGUGUGCAGCAAACGGCGGCGCGUCCUCGCGAAGACAUUUUCGAAAAGACGCGCGGCGCUCUCCUCAACCGCUCAACGCGCUCUUCGCUUGUUUAAACAAUUGAAGAGCAAGACCGCGAUCCGAUUGGUGCUCUGCUUGAAUCCGGUGCGUUUCCAGUGGUGUUCAUCAACAUACAACAAUGUUCUGGAAGAUCGUCCCUCAGGCCGCCCUUGUUCUUGACGAUUGUCGUGCCGCAGCGACCAGAAGACAGAUGUUGAGGGGCCACACGCGAUAAAACCAUGUCCGCGACAUUCCCGUAGUUAGGCAAUGGAAUAGCUAAUUCAAUUAGGAAAUUCACAAAUUCGUCUUCUUCGCGUUUUCUGCGUCAUCUUCGCCCUCCAAAUGGCUGUUGAUCGCAACCGCUUGCAGCACGACAGCAAGAGUCCACUGGGCUGGACCUUGAGCGUGGCCUGCCUCUACUUGGUGCUGAGCACGGCGUCCGGCAGCCUGGCGAAUGGGGAGCGGCUGCGGCACCACCACAUGAAGAACCAGCUGGAAAAGACGGCCGUGCUGGAAGCGAGCUCGAAAAUGCCGCUGUUGGGCUGUCCGAACUGUCUGUUUAAGCACGAUCGCGACAGGGAGAAGCUGGAAUCGGACAAGUUGCGACUGGAGGCCAUCAAGAGGCAAAUCCUGCAGAAGCUGGGCCUCAGAGCCAAACCGAACGUUACUCACAGUCUGCCCAAGGAGGUGGUGAUGGCCACCCUGAGUCGGGCGGAAGACGGCGACUUUACGGGCGCGUUCGGUGAGAACCCGGACUUUCCGACCACCAGCGAGAAGAGCGGAAAUUUGGACACAGUGGAAGCGGACGACUUUUACGGCAGAACCAGCGAAAUCAUCUCGUUCGCAGAACAAGGUUCAUGGGUGAACCAGAACCGACUGCUGCAGUUCCAGGUGAGUCCAGAGGCGGGGAGCCAAAUGGGCCAGGAGUUUCGAGUGCGCGAAGCCAGCUUAUGGUUGAAGGCCGACCUGCUGAAGGCGCCCACCUCCAAGUGCCGCUCGACGGACAUUUUCGUCUUUAAAAUCAUAUCCAAUCGGCUGCCCGAGUCCGUCACGCUCAGCUCCAAGCAAUUCGAUCGUCUGACCGCUGAACCGAUUGCGGUGCCGCUGGAAGAAGCGGCCAGCGGCUGGCAGAAGAUCGACGUGACUCAAACGGUCAGCGAAUGGCUGGGCGAACGCGCCAAAGACAAGCUGAGCCUGUUCGUGGACUGCAGCUGCUGCGCCCAUUGGCGCAUCCAUCUCUUCAACGAAGAGAGCGACCAGCGGUCCAACCCCAACCGGCCCUUCCUGGUGAUCCACACCGAUCCCAGCACGGCCAAACGCGUGCGAAGGAGAGCGAUAGACUGUUCCUUAGAUUCAGGAAAUCAAUGCUGCAAGCAGCGAUUUUACGUUAGUUUUAAGGCCCUGGGCUGGGAGGACUGGGUGAUAGCGCCGCAAGGGUACUUUGCGAACUAUUGCCGGGGCGACUGCGGCCAGCAUCGCACGCCCGACACCUUCGUCACCUACCACACCCAUGUGAUUGAGGAGGUGCGCAAGACGCAGCACCUGUCGGGGAUGACGCCCUGCUGUGCGCCCCUCAAGUUCUCCACCAUGUCGCUGAUCUACUACGGCCCCGAAUCGACCAUCAUCAAGAGAGACUUGCCGAAAAUGGUGGUGGAAGAGUGCGGAUGCCCGUAGGAGCGCGUUCCUUCGUGCGAGUCGUGGUGCGUUUUGAUCCUCGAGCGCGAAGCGCUGGAUUCACCUGUGAAUACUUGAAGUUGUCGCAUUUUUGCCAUUUUGGUUCAGUGGAGCGGCGCGCGAUUUGUAAAGGUUGAGCGAAUGGACAUUCCACGCGGCCGCGCCACGCCCAACUAGUUCACGACCGAACAUUCCGCCAAUCUGGCAUCUCCAGUAGGUAUUUAUCGAAAAAGAACUAAGCCUGUAAGUAAGUAAGAAGAUUCUUUAGCAUUGUGAUCGACUUUGUUUUGUGAUUAUUGGCUGGCGCAGAUCGUGCCACUUGCUUUACCAUUAACUGUGAUUUCUUUAGUAAUACUUCUCUAGAGUUAAGUUUUCCGCUUGAUUGUCGACGCUGGCACCACCAAUACGGUCCCAGACGGUGCGCCUCAGCGCCGCCCACCACUCAGAACUCAAUCGGGCGAGUGGUGGGCAGCACGGAGGGCAAACCAAGUGCCUGGAUACCGACGCCAAACGUCACGUUCUAGCUCCAGACGCAGGGUAAUUAUGCUCAAGUGGUAGGGCCGGUUUGCCAUCAGCAGACGACUUUUUAGGGGCGAUUUACAUUAGGGGCAGACGACAUUUUAGAUAGGCAACUAAUUAAUCGAUUAUUUCCAGCAUUAAACCUCACCCUGAGGGUACGAGCACACCGGCGACCGAGCGAGUCCGAACGAUUUUUUAGUGCUCGCUCGCAGUUACCGCUUGGGAAGUUAGAGAUCAUAUUUUCCAUGGAUUCUCUGGCCAUUGGAGACACCGGUAAGGA